AUGAGUAAGGACUUCUCUCCAGAGGACAGUCUAGUUAACUCAGUCACAGAAGCAGCCUCCCUGUCUGCCCUGGAUGGUGCUCCCUGGGAGGCCACUGGCCAAUGUCAUAUCAGUGCACUGGGACAUUGUAUGGUAGUCAACAAUCAGCAGCUCCACGAGAGUCUCCACAGACGACAGGAAGAAAUCAACUCCCUUCAGGAGAGAAAUCUUCACCUCAGGCAGCUGGCAAGUCAAGCAAAGCACCUGGCCUCAGUGCUUGAAAGAUUAAUGACAGUCAGAGACCCAAAUAUAAGAGAGCCAGAGAUGCCAUGCUGUGUUGAUGAAACUUCACUUAGUCCCUGUAAGCGGCAACGACUGGAUGAAGGAUAUGAAACUGAGUCCUGUGACUCAGUGGCAGAUAUGUUGAGGGACAUCAGUCAACGGUGCAAUGCUGUCCUGCAUAACACUGCUACUGGGUCAUACUGUACAUGCCCAGAGCUAUCAAAUACAUAA